AUGUCAAUGGCGCUGCGGCCAACAAGCCAACGGCAAGACUGGCUCGACCCAAACCUGUACACGGGUCCGUCGUCAGCAUCAUCACCGUCGUCGGCGUCGUCAUCGGAGCUGCCAUACACCUCCGAAUGUCAGUAUGGCGGCUACAACGGGUUCGCUGGCCGCGCACUGUCGCCAUGUGCCGAGACGACACCCAGGUCAUGCUUGAGUCCUGCACCUCGCGACAGCAUGUCCCCACCACCAGCGACGACGCGGCCAACAACGCCACGCCCACCGCGCUUUGACAGCUUCUACCACAGCGGCUCGUCGUCGGGCCACGGGCACAUUCUGAGGCCGACAAGCCAAGAAGACAGUCGCAACGGCUCCGUUACGCCGCUGGGCCAACCACUGCUCUCCCCCUCGCCUUUCCUCACUCCGUCCCCGCUGGCCUCGCCGUCUGCAUCGUCGGACGGCUCCCCCCCGUCGCUGCAUACCCCUCACACGCGAUCGCCCGUGGUGCACGGGUACAGCAGGAGCACCGAGUAUCACCCCACGUACCACACGUCCGGUAGCCUCAGCCCCGGCUUGCCCUCCCACCAUUCUCAUGCCGACCGCCAUGCCCAGCGCACCGCUGCUCCAUCGCCAUCGCCGUCACCGUACGCGCCAGGAAGGUUCCAACCCCUCCGCCCAGCUCCAUCUCCCCCUGCCCAGACAGCCGCGUACAGCGACGAAAUCAAGGUCCGACACAGCAGCCACAAUUCAGCGCGGCUGCCGAACAGCCACAACAACAACAAGCAUUUCUCCUCGACGCCAGUGCCAUCUGCCACUGCCGGCCUGGGACCCCCAAGUGGCGAGCGCGUCAUCCGCCGCUGUAGCUCUGCGGUUGGAUUUUUCGGCACCAAGCACUCGAUCGCAAGCUCGAGCUCGCCCAACGUCAGUGAUGGUGUGACUGCUCUAGGCGCUGCAGCACACGAGGCAGCGUACAACCAUGGGUUUGGGAGUGCACCACCACGCCCUGUUCGUCGUGGUGAGCCGCCAUCCCGCACUCCCGCACCACCACCUGCGACGCCAUCCGUUCCGGCGGCACUGCAGAGUGGCCAUGCCGCUGCGUCAGGUGGCCACCCUGGUACCCCUGGUGGUGGUGCGCAAGGACAAGGUCUCCGCGCUCCGUCUUUUGCGGGUCCGGCGUCCUCGUCCUCGUCCUCGUUCAUCGUCGACAGCAGCAGCGUCGGCGUGGCCGUCUCGCCCAUGACCUCGUGUUUCCCCAGCUCGCCAAUGCCCGCGCCGUGCAUGAACAAGGGCGCGUCGGCCGUACACGCGCACCGCAGGCAAAAGUCGUCCUCGACAGCACGUACCGCGCUCACCACAUCCACCACUGCGUCGUCGUCUGCGUCCGCGGGCGUGCUCACGGCAUCCACCCACUCGACCACGAGCGAAAGCACCCCGCCACCAUCGACCGCGCCGUCCACUGCGAGCUGGACAGACCGCCCAAAACUGCCCUUCACGACCCUGCCGUGCCCGUACGGCGCCCAGUGCGACCCGUGCAUCCACCGCACGCGCGUGCCCGCGUCCCUCGUGUCGGGCUCGGGCGUCAUCGGCGUCCAUGGCGGCGGGUACGGCCGGUUCGGGGCCACCCCCGUCCCCGGUUCGGGCAGCCUCGCCGGCGUGCCCGGGCGCGAGUACGCCGUGGUCGUCGAGGGCAUCAUGUACGGCGUGGUGCGGGGCAGUCCGCGCUGGGGCAUCGUCCACGAGCUCAUUGUGGCCGCGCGGAACGAGGGCGAGGUCGCGCAGGCCAUCAUGGCGAACUGGGACACGAUGGACAGUGGGUACGGCGGCUGGCCUUGA